CCCUACGUGACGGUUGUGUCUGUGCUAAUCGCGUCAAGCGUGAUUUCUUCUUCAAGUUUGUGAAUAUUUCUGUCAUUUUGUACUGUUGUCAAGUAGAAUAAAUCAAGUGCGAGUUAUAGAUUGAUCUACUCGGGAUUACUGUUUCCAAAUUACAUCAAGGAAUCAUUAUACAGUGAAAGUUUGUGGAUCAUCUCUGACGUUUUCUUCAGUUACAAUAUAUUAGCCUAUCACAAGUACAACAAUACAGUGUGUGUGUGGAUAUCUUACAUUGAUAGAUGAAAAAUUAUACUACUUCUACACUCUAUUCUAAAAAUAAAUUAAGCAGAUAUCCUUUUACUAGUGAUGGAUAAAGAAUUACAGUUAUUCACUCUAGCAGUAGGCCUAUUGGUAUCAUCCUUUCACUAGUGACUGUGCGAUCGCCGAGUUUUCGAUUGACGGAUAUAAGGAUAAAUUUUUUUUUCUGAAAGCAGAUCAAGAAAGUUUCCUAAAGUGCCGGUACCUAUAAUGGAUACGCGAUCCCCCCUUGCUGUUGAUCGUUUCACAGUGACAAGAAUGAUUGUUUCACGUUAAUAAAUAAUUGUUUCACAUCAAAUUUCCGAAAUAAUAAUAUUUAAAAUUGAUGAAGAGUGAGUUUAAGACAAGUGAAAACGUUUUACAGUGACGAAAAUUGUUCCAUAUUUCACAAAUCGUUGAAAAUUGAUGUAGAGUGUUUUCAAGACAAGUGAGAACGUUUCAUAGUGUGACGAAAAUUGUACCACAUUUGACAAAUAAUCAUUGAAAAUUAUUAUUGAUGCAGUGUUUGUUCGAGACAAGUGAAAAAUCAGACAUCUGAUCUCGUGACAGUAUUUUUAAACAGUGACAGAUCACCACAGAGUGUGUAGGAGGCCUACUAGAAAAGUGUUUGGGAUUAAUCUGUGGUCAGUGUUGCCGAACGUAGCUGCGGCCGAGGUCGUAAAUGCACUGCGGCCAUCAUCGGGACUGCGGCUGGGCUGCAGCAGCUGCGUUGUCGCGCCGCAAACCGCAGCGGCUAUGAUGCGGUGGCUGUUGGUCGUACUGCUCUGUGGAGGGCUAAGGGAGGUGGAGCCCACCGACCCCUGCCCACCCGUGUGCGUGUGCAAGUGGAAGUCCGGCAAACAAACUGUCGAAUGCACGGAACGCGGUCUCAUAAACGUACCUCCAGGCAUCCAACCUGAAAACCAGGUGCUGGAUAUGACAGGGAACAACCUACAAAUCCUUCCUGCUGACAUGUUUGUUCGUGCCGAACUGUUGAACCUCCAACGUGUGUACCUUCGGUCGUGUAAAAUCGGACAGAUCGACGAUCGAGCAUUCUAUGGACUGUCAAAUCUGGUGGAACUGGACCUAUCGGACAACUUACUCACCUCUGUCCCGUCCAACAUGUUCCGCGACGUACCGUCCCUGAGGGACAUCAACCUCGCCCACAACCCCAUACAGAAGAUUGACAGCCACGCUUUCAGAACUGUUCCCGGUCUUGUAAAACUCGACCUUUCCCACUGCGAACUACAAGCUAUCGCUCCCAUGGCGUUCGACGGUGUAGAACUACUAGAAGCCCUGAAACUAAAUGGCAACCGGUUGUCGCAACUCAAACACAAAACUGUGGAGACGUUGAGUAGACUACAUGGUGUUGAACUGCACGACAACCCUUGGCACUGUGAUUGUCAUCUGAGAGCUGUGAAACUAUGGUUGGUGGGUAACAACAUCCCCUACCCGAUAGCACCAGUCUGUAGGGGAGGCCCAGACCGCGUCCUCGAUCGCUCGUUCAGUGAGCUACAAGUCGACGACUUCGCCUGCAGACCUGUCGUCCGCGGAGACAGCAGGAGAGUGGAGGCUGUGUCUGGGGGCAAUGCCAGCGUGGUGUGUAGAGUCGAGUCAACACCUGAAGCACACAUCAGCUGGUACUGGAAUGGACGUCUCCUCCUCAACAACUCAGCCUUCAGCUCGUUCCAGAGGGUGUACGUGUACGAAAGUGGUCGUUUCCAGAAGAAGAGCACGCUGAUCCUAACCAAUGCACAGGAAGCUGACUCGGGGGACUUCUUCUGUGUAGCUGAGAACCGAGCCGGCAAUGCUGAAGGAAACUACACACUGUAUGUGUCACCGAGGCUUGUGGGAAUGGCGACGCUGAACGGUGGCGAGAUCGCUGGACUCAGUGCGGCUCUAGUUGUUCUGAUACUGUUCAUCUUGUUAGCGAUCCUCUUGUUGCUGGUGCGGCUGAGACGUAUGCCGUUCACAACAGAGACGAAGACCCCCGGGAGGAUGGAUGCUGUGGCCAACGGUGGCAGUGUGAUAGCGGCCGCCGGCCCCGAUAAGGUGAUAGUAGCCACACCGGUCACAGGUGUUGAGACCUCCUCGUUUUCAGAGAGAACGAAACCGAAUGUACCAGGGGAAUUGAAUCUGAACCCUGUACAGAAGCCUCCAAGAGUGCCAGGGGAACCUCCAGAUUCGAACCCGGAUCUGAUAAACGACACGAAAACUAGACCUGAUGGGGAAGGGGAAGAGGUACCCGGGAGUGUCACACAGUAUCUGUACCCUGGGGGCGGCACCUGGGAGGCGGUGCGAGGAGACGGAUCGUCGAGCAACUUCUGUUUUGACGGCAGCAACGACAAGACGCCAAUCAUGGACGAGGACUACUCGUGUCGCUCUGCCGCCCCCGGAGGCGGUGGCUACCCGGCCGACUACGGCCUGCCGAUCCUGCCGACGACCAGCGAAGGCGGCAGCGGAGGCGGUAGUUCUCCGCCGCCCCAACAUCCGUCGGCCAAGACGCUGCGAGUGUGGCAGCGAGGGGUACCCGUCCUGCCGCCUGUCACCGCCCUUAAGCGCGUCCUCUCCAGGAACUCUCCCGACGAAGGAUAUCAAGAAGGCUGUGGCACCGACGUCUAGUGAUAAAUAUGUCAGUGUGUGUGUUAUCUGUGUUGUGUUCCUCGCAAGUGUAUGUUGGCCGGAUGAACGUCCGUCUAGACUGCCGUGUCCAAGGUAAUGUAGUACCAGUACCUAUGUUUUACGAUCGUUGUCGUAAUUAUUGUGAUGACUCGUGAAAAUUUUCAAUCAUACCUGCUAUUUUGAUGUCCAAUCUUUCUUCAAUAUAAUGAUUGCCAUUACCUUAUAAUAUCGCUCUAAUUGAUGAAUAAUAUUCAAAUUGAAUUGACUUCAUUGACUUCAUUGACUUCAUUGACUAAUUGCAUCCACAGCAAUCUUCAAAUAACUUGAUGUAAUUGCGAUUCUCUUAUAAUAUUAAUAAAAUCGUUCAAUCACCCCUCAACUAGCUAAGAGCUAAAGGGAUCUCAGAAUAUAUUUUGGAUACAUUAUUUAUCGAAAUUAUACUGUGUAUAAAUAAGAUGAAAUUGAGUAUUGAAAUUAAAAUAACUCGAUAUUCACUGAAAUCAACAAAAUACAUAGAAAAUUCUUUGUUCAUCAAAAAUGAAUUUCAAUCAUGUGAAGAUAAUUUCUUAGCAUACGAUGUAUGCAGUCAUAUUAACGGGAAAACUGCAUUAUGAUACAAUAAUUCAUAAGUAGUUACAAUGUAAUGCGUGUAAUACACUACACAAAAUAGUAUUAAAAGUUCUUUAUUGUGAACAUUCCUGUUGUAAUGUGGCAGUAGACUAAUUGUGUUGUAUGAGUCCGAAAUCUGUUUAUGAUUAAUAAAUUACUUAUGAUUUUCCAUCUAUUCGACUUAUAACUUGUAAGUAAUAAAUAUAAAUGAUUCCUGUGAGUACCAUACAGGAUCAUGUAUCUUUGAACUGAGAAUAUUAUUCACAGCAUUGAAUAAUAAUCGAUGGAACAACACUAUUCAUGAAAUAUUAUAAUUUUCUUCCAUAAAUGGAAUAAAAUAUUUCCCAUAAAAUAUUCUACUUGACACGAGGCAAAGAUAUGGACAUCAAAUUGCAGCGUUUCUAGGAAUGAAUAUUAAUUAUUGUGAACUAAGAUAUGUUUCCUUUGUGAGUGUAAAAACUAUUUCUAGCUAACAAAUAAGUAAUUUACCAGAGUCCUUACAAAAAUUAUCCUUUUUCGUAUCCUGAUGACAUUUAUAGACUAGUUAAGGAUUCUAUAGCUCUUGUCGGCACCGAGAGUUCUCAUUAUGUAGAUAUAAAUGUAAAGUUAACUUAUUUAAAUGGGGGGAAAGAUGAUAUUAGUGUACAGAUAUAUUUUUGUAAUGUAAUUAAUGUAUAUAGAGCGUAUUUUUAAAUUCAAUUUUUUUUAUUAAAACUGGAGAAACGUUCUUCUGUGUCUAUUGAGUAUAUUUCGAAAGCUGAUCAUUCAUGGAACUAACUCAUAUCAAGAAUUUCCAAAGAAAAAUACCUGUCAAAACUUAUAAAUGACAUUACAUAUCUGUGCAUAUCUAUCAUUAUGCCAAAUCCCAUAUUUCAAUUAAAUUAUUGAUGAAUAGGAAAAAAUGAAUAGUUUGUGUUGUCUGUAGAUUAAUAGGUUCAUUAAUAAUAAUUAUCAUCAUGAUGAAUUAGAAAAAUUCAUUACUUAUCGAUUGCCUAGGAAUAUUGACAGAUUAAAUGAAUAAUUAAUUUUAGACUAUCAAAUCCAAUAAAUUUCCAUAUUCUAUAAAUCUGAUAUCAGAAUUUCUGAUUCGUACUCUUCCGAUUUAUCGAAGCACAACUCGGUUUAUCAAUCCCCCAAAAACAUUAAUUAACAAAAAAAAAGUUUAAUCAACUUUUGAAGAGUUGUCUCAAAGUGGAAUAGUAUAAACUAGUAUCUAGUAAACUAGUAGAACCUAAUAUUUGUUAAACCUCUUGUUAUCAGCUCAACCUUGAAUUUUAUUUUAUAAGUCAAACAACAGUUGAAUAUUCAAACUUUGAUUUAAAAUGUCUGACACACAAGCUAUUUAGUGAUUAGGUAGAAUUUAAAUUUGUUUUGGCUUUUUUCUCUUCAUUCCCCUGAAUUUCUCGAUUAUUGUUUAUGCGAAAAACUUAUCAAUUUACAAAAGUAUUGAAACCAAGGGGGGUAUUAUUUGAAAGUUUUAUAUCGUAGAUGUAAACAAGGACAAUAAGAUUAUAUUAAUUUUGAGCUACGAGCUCGCUCACUCUCUCUCUCUCUCUCUCUCUCCCCAAUGAAAGAUUAGAACUGACUCGUCAACAUUGUAGGUUAAUCCAGCAGUCUAUUAAUUUAGAAAUAAAUAAAAUAAUAUAAUUAUUCACUAUGUCGUAGCUAUCCAAUAUAGCUGCAUAAAAUACAAUUUACAAUGUCGAAGCUAUCUAAUAUAGCUGCUAUACUAUUUCAUCAAUUGACAAUACGGAUUCCCAUACUAUUUGAACAAUGAUUUAUUUAAUCAUUGCAAACAGUAUUUCCUCAUUUAUCCAUCAUCUCAUUGAUGAUCAUCUUGUAUAGAAUACAUAACAUAUCACAAUUUUAUAUAAUAACCUUGAUUGGUCAGCUUUCGGAAUAAUCUAGUACUUCAAAAAAUAGAAUCCUUCUACGAUCCCUUUAAAUUUUGUGUAACAUGGGGACUUUCUAUAGUGAAAAUAUGAAUAGCCUGUAUUUGAUUUCAAAUGUUUAAAGCCAAAGUAAUAAUGAAAGGACUCGAUUGUUCUUCAUAUAGCUAUGCAAAGACUGAACUUUUAUCUUUUGACUAUUAUAAUUAUUUAAGAAAUAAGAGAAAAUAUAUAAAAACAUGAAUUUGAUACCAAAAAAACCAUUAUUAUAACAAGACAUUGAAGAUUUAUGUGAGAUUGAAUAUCAAACAGAAAAUUAAAAUCUUUUGUUCUAUGAUAGA